UCUCCAUAAAAGCUGAGCAGUUUUGAAACAAAGGAAACAGUUUACACUACCGGGGUAGGUUUCAGAGAGGUGAGAAUACUUAUGUUAAUUCAAGAAGAACUAAAUAUCAUUGUGCCAAGACGGGAGAGCUAUCCGUAAAGCAAUUAUUUUGCGAUUAUUUGGAUCUUCUGGACCUGGAGGAACCAUGACUAUCCUGCUACCCAAAGCACCACAGAAAAGGCAAGUGACCGCCAUUAUUUUUCUGUUAUUGUGGGAGGUGAGUGGUGAGACCCUUAAGUAUUCCAUUCUAGAAGAGGGGGAUGGCAGUUCCUUUGUGGCCAAUUUAGCAAAGGAUCUGGGACUGGGCUUAAAGGAGCUGACUGUGAGGGGUGCCCGGAUUAUUUCUAAGGGAAAUAAACAGCAUUUGCAGUUUGAGCAGGAAAGUGGGGAUUUGCUCCUCAAAGAAAAACUGGAUCGGGAAGAGGUGUGUGGUGACACAGACCCAUGUAUACUGCCUUUCCAAGUGUUACUGGAAAACCCGGUACAAUUUGUUCAAGGUGAAAUAUACCUCCAAGACAUAAAUGAUCAUGCUCCGGAAUUCUUGGAAAAGGAGAUCCUCCUGAAAAUCUCAGAAAUCAGCCAUCCAGGGACUGCAUUUCCUUUAAAAAUAGCUCAAGAUUUAGAUGUGGGUAACAACACAGUUCAGAACUAUACGAUUAGCACCAACUCCUAUUUCCACGUUUCCACCCAAAGUCACAGAGAUGGCAGGAAAUAUCCAGAACUGGUUCUGGAUAAAGUACUUGACCGUGAGGAGCAGUCAGAGCUUAGGUUGAUUCUCACAGCACUGGAUGGUGGGUCACCACCUAGGACAGGGACCGCCCAGGUUCUCAUUAUGGUCCUUGACAUAAAUGAUAAUGCGCCUGAAUUUGCUCAGUCUCUCUACCAGGUGCAGGUCCCAGAGAACAGUCCAAUUGGGUCACUUGUCAUUACUGUCUCUGCAAGGGACUUAGAUGCUGGGACCCAUGGGGAACUGUCCUACUCAUUUUUUCAGUCCUCAAAUCAAAUCAUGCAGUCUUUUGAAGUAAACACAGUCAUAGGAGAAAUUCGAUUAAAGAAAAUGUUGGAUUUUGAAGAAAUUCAAUCAUACCAAAUAGAAGUUGAGGCCUCAGAUGGUGGGGGUCUUUCUGGAAAAUGCACGAUUGCCAUAGAAGUGAUGGAUGUAAACGACAAUGCACCAGAACUGAUUAUGUCAUUGCUCAACAACAAUAUCCCAGAAAACUCCCCUGACACUGUGGUGGCUAUUUUCAGAAUAUCGGAUCCAGACUCGGGGGACAAUGGAAAAGUGAUGUGUUCCAUUCAAGACCAUGUCCCCUUCCUUUUGAAACAUACCAUAGAAAACUUCUACACUUUGGUCACAGAAGGAUCGCUGGACAGAGAGAGCCAGGAGGAGUACAACAUCACCAUCACGGUGACAGACAUGGGCACCCCCAGGCUGCAAACACAGCACACCAUCACGGUGCUGGUGUCCGACAUGAACGACAACGCCCCCGCCUUCAGUCAGCCCUCCUACACCCUGCUGGUGGGCGAGAACAACAGCCCUGCACUGCACAUAGGAAGCGUGAGCGCCUCUGACCCCGACGCGGGCAGCAACGCCCAGGUGACCUACUCUCUGCUGCCUUCCCAAGACCCACAGCUGCCGCUCGCCUCGCUGGUGUCCAUCAACGCCGACAACGGGCAGCUGUUCGCGCUGCGCUCGCUGGACUUCGAGGCCCUGCGAACCUUCGAGUUCGGCGUGGGCGCGUGGGACCGCGGCUCGCCCGCGCUCAGCAGCCAGGCGCGGGUGCGCGUGCUGGUGCUGGACCGCAAUGACAACGCGCCCUUCGUGCUGUACCCGCUGCAGAACGCGUCGGUGCCCUGCAGCGAGCUGGUGCCCAGGGCGGCAGAGGCGGGCUACCUGGUGACCAAAGUGGUGGCGGUGGACAGCGACUCGGGCCAGAACGCCUGGCUGUCGUUCCAGCUGCUCAAGGCCACAGAGCCCGGGCUCUUCAGCGUGUGGGCGCACAAUGGCGAGGUGCGCACUGCGCGGCCGCUCAGCGAGCGCGACGCGCCCAAGCACAGGCUGCUGGUGCUGGUCAGGGACAAUGGCGAGCCGCCACUGUCGGCCAGCGUCACGCUGCACGUGCUGCUGGUGGACGGCUUCUCGCAGCCCUUCCUGCCGCUGCCCGACGCGCCGCCCGACGCGCCUUCCGAUGACCGCCUCACCGUCUACCUGGUGGUGGCCUUGGCCUGCGUGUCGUCGCUCUUCCUUUUCUCCGUGCUGGCCUUCGUGACCGUGCGCCUGUGCAGGCGGGCCGGCCCGCCUGCGGGGGUCCCCUACCCGCUGCCCGAGCCUCACUUCCCAGGACACCUGCUGGAUUUCAGUGGCUCCGGGACCUUGUCACACAGCUACCGGUAUGAGGUGUGUCUGGCGGGGGGCGCUGGCACGAAUGAGUUCAAGUUCCUGAAGCCCAUUCUGCCCAACCUUAUGGGUGAAGGGCCUAUUGGGGACAUAGAGGAAAAUUCUAACUUUAGAAACCAAUUUGGUUUCAAUUAAUAAUCUGAUGGAAUAAAUAUUUUCUAAUGUAUAAAUUUCCAAUCCCUUUCAUGCACAUAA